AUGACGACCACCGCGACGACCCUCAAGGGCCAGCCCCUCGACCGGCCGACGCUCGACGCCAUGCUGCGCCGCCGUCUCUUCUUCACCCCCGCCUUCGAGAUCUACGGCGGCGUCGCUGGUCUGUUCGACUACGGCCCUCCCGGCUGCGCUCUCCAGGCCAACAUCGUCGACCUCUGGCGCAAGCACUUCAUCCUCGAGGAGGACAUGCUCGAGCUCGACUGCACCGUUCUGACACCCCACGAAGUCCUCAAGACCUCCGGCCACGUUGACAAGUUCGCCGACUGGAUGUGCAAGGACCCCAAGAACGGCGAUAUCCUGCGUGCCGACCACUUCGUCGAGGAUGUGCUCGAGGCCCGCCUCAGGGGCGACAAGGCGGCCCGCGGCGAGAAGGUCGAGGAAGAGGAUGACCCCAAGAAGAAGGCCAAGAGGAAGCAGAGUACCAUCGCCCUCAAGCUCGACGACGCCCUCGUCCAAGAGUACAACGAGGUCUUGGCCAAGAUCGACAACUACGACGGCAAGGAGCUCGGCGAGCUGAUCAAGAAGUACGACCUCAGGAACCCGGCCACCGCCGAGCAGCCCUCCCCUCCCGUCGCCUUCAACCUCAUGUUCCAGACCGCCAUCGGCCCCUCCAGCAACACCAAGGGCUACCUGCGCCCCGAGACCGCCCAGGGCCAGUUCCUCAACUUUGCCAAGCUUCUCAACUUCAACAUGGAGCAGAUGCCCUUCGCCUCCGCCUCCAUCGGCCGUUCCUACAGAAACGAGAUUGCCCCGAGAGGUGGCCUGCUGAGAGUCCGCGAGUUCCUCAUGGCCGAGAUUGAGCACUUUGUCGACCCCGAGGGCGGCAAGAAGCACUCCCGCUUCGUCGAGGUCGAGGACAUCGAGCUCACCCUGCUCGACCGCCACACCCAGCUCUCUGGCAAGACCGACGUGCGCAAGAUGAAGAUUGGCGAGGCCGUCAAGAACAAGGUCGUCGACAACGAGACCCUCGGCUACUUCCUCGCCCGCAUCCACCUGUUCCUGUCCAAGAUCGGUGUCGACAUGACAAAGGUCCGCUUCCGCCAGCAUAUGGCGAACGAGAUGGCCCACUACGCCGCCGACUGCUGGGACGCCGAGCUGUUCACCUCCUCCGGCUGGAUCGAGUGUGUCGGCUGCGCUGACCGCAGCGCCUACGACUUGACUGUCCACGCCAAGAAGACCGGCGCUCCCCUGCUGGUGCGCGAGCGGCGCGAGAAGCCCCUCGUCAUCGACGAGUGGCAGGUCGAGGUUGACAAGAAGAAGUUUGGUCCUCAGUUCAAGAAGGACGGCAGGGCAGUCGAGGGUGCUCUGAUGGCGACAACACAAGAGCAGCGCGAGAAGCUCGCCAAGCAGCUCACCGACAACGGCGAGCUGGAACUUGAGGUUGCCGGCGUCGCCGACGGCAAGGUCAAGAUCAGCAAGGACCUCGUCAAGAUCGAGUUCAGGCAACGCAUUGAGAACACCAGGGAGUACACUCCCAACGUUAUCGAGCCGUCCUUCGGUAUCGGCCGUAUCCUCUACUCGCUCAUUGAGCACUGCUACUGGAACCGCGCCUCCGCGAACGGUGGCGACGAGGCUCGUGGUGUUCUCUCCUUCCCUCCGACGGUCGCCCCUACCAAGGUUCUGAUCGUGCCACUCUCCUCCAACGCGCAGUUCAAGCCCUUCAUCAAGCAGAUCUCUCAGAAGCUGCGCAAGUUCGGCAUCUCCGCCCGCGUGGACGACUCGUCCGCGACCAUCGGCAAGCGCUACAGCCGCAACGACGAGCUCGGCACGCCCCUCGGCAUCACCAUCGACUUCCAGACCGUCCAGGACAACACCAUCACCCUCCGCGACCGCGACUCGACCAAGCAGGUCCGCGGCGACGAGGACACCAUCAUCGCCGCCAUCCAGACCCUGGUUGACGGCUCCAAGGAGUGGAAGGACGUCGCAGCCACCCUGCCGGCGUUCGAGAGCCAGGAGGUCGAGGUCGCGCAGCGAUAA